CCGGGACUUUAAAGCGCCAUUUUGUGCUGGGCGCAGGACAUCGAUCGUCGCUCACACCCGGCGGGCGCCCGGCGGCGGCCGGAGCGUGCUCUCGGCGCUGCGUCCGCGCUGCCUUCUCGGCGUCUGUCCCGCCACCCCGUUCCUCUGCCUCCAUGACCCGCAGUAGGAAGCAGGCGGCACUGGAGAGAGGAGCCGGGAAGAUGAACCCAGAGGCGGGGAGCGCCGCGGCGGCGGCCGCGGGAGCCCGGGCGGCGGCGGCGGCGGCAGGGGCAGCUGGCGGCGAAACGGCGGCCGCCGCCUGGGGGCUGGAGGGGGAAGCGGAGAAAGUUGUGUACUCGCGCUCGCAGGUCUCCUUCGCUGGCACCAAGGCGCUGGGCGACGCCCUCAAGCUCUUCAUGCCCAAGUCCACUGAGUUUAUGAGCUCGGACUCGGAGCUGUGGAACUUCCUCUGCAGCCUCAAGCACGAGUUCUCCCCGGUCAUCCUCCGCAGCAAGGACGUCUACGGAUACUCCUCCUGCCGCGCCGUCGUCCCCGACCCGCCACCGCCCUCGGAGCGGCCCCGCCGCCGCGCCGGCAAGCGGCGCCUCCCGGCCGCCGACGCCAAGCGCCGGGCCGGGGCGGCGGGCGGCAGCGCCAAGCGGCGGCGGCGGCGGCGGCGCCGCAGGAGGGAGCGGGGCAGGCAGCGCUCGGCGGUCGGUGGCCCCCGCGCAGCGGGGCAGGAGGAGGAGGCGGAGGCGCCGGAGCCGCCGGGCGAGCAGGCGGACAGGGAGCGGGGCAGCCCGGCGGCGGCCGCCUGGGAGCCGUUCGGCGGCAGAUCGCUGGAGGAGAUUUGGAAGGCGGCCACCCCCCGCCUCACCACGUUCCCCACCAUCCGUGUGCGGGGUAGCGUGUGGAGCCGCCGGAGCCUGGCGGCGGCGCGGCGGCGGGCGCAGCGGAUCCUCGGCGUGGACCUGUCCCCCGUGGUGCGGGUGCGCCGCUUCCCCGUGGCGCCGUCCUGAGCCCGCGGGGUCCCGCUCCCCGCGCCUUACCUGGGCCGCGGUGCGGACAAAGAGACCGGUAUCAGUCACCUGUUUACAUUGCUUUUGUCUGGAUCGUGUUCUGCUGCAGCACUUUAUGGCCCGCUCGGGCGGCGCCGGGCCCCCCGCCGUAUGGGGGGCGGCCUGCCGGGCCCCGGCCUCGCCCCGGGCUGGGACCGUCUGGCAGGUAUCACGCAUAGGGACCAAGUUCCACUUCCACUUUUUUUCUCUCCCAUUGGGCUACCUCACUGGUCCAGAAGUCCACCCAAGAAGUUAUUUUCCAAAGGAACUUACUUUCAUGCUUGUAUAAUAAAGCACCAUCUGAAUUCUUGCUAUUUUUUCCCUUCUCCCUCCCUUCCCCAUUUCUGAUGGAUUAUGUAUGCUUUGUGGUGUUGCACUAGUAUGUGCUCAGGGUAUUUUGAAUCCCAAGCAUUCCCAAGUUUCAGUUUAUUCUGAUAAAGGAUGCAUAAAGAAUGGAGGUUCAGGACUUGUGGCUGUUCUUGAUGGUGCAAAAACUUUUUUUUUAUUAUAAUUUCAUGGGCUUAGUGAUAUAUAAAGAUGUAUUGCGCAGUAUAAUUGUUACACUUUUGUAUCUAAAGUCAUUUUUAAAGUUUUCUAGUUGAACUAAGUAUUUGUUUCUAUGGAGCACCUAAAGAUAGAAUCAUCCUGAUAUUUUAUAACCCUGUUUACUUUAGGGAAGCUCAUUUGGUCAACCUAAGUGAACUUAAUAAAAGUUAAAGAACAA